AGCAGCCCCGGGCUAUCUUGGGCAGGGCCGGCCGCCGGACAGACUGACAGAGGGCGCCAGGGGUGCGCGGCCCGCUGGGGCCAGCCAUGGAAGGAGCUUCGUUUGGCGCGGGCCUUGCGGGGGCCGCCGUAGACCCCGUGAGCUUCGCGAAGCGGCCCCAGACCCUGCUGCGGGUCGUGUCCUGGCUCCAUUCCAUGCAUUACACAAUACGACUACACAUGCUUCUGUUUCUGUGGCCCAUCGUCAACGAGGGCUACGUGAACUCCGACGAAGGCCCGGAGCUGCGCUGCGUCUUCAACGGGAACGCAGGCGCCUGUCGCUUCGGCGUCACGCUCGUUGGGCCCUGCACCGGUUCCGCCUGGGCACCGACAUGUCGAUCUUUGCCACCGAACAGCUGCGCAGCGCGGGCCGCCAUCGCCUUCAGCUUCUUCUCCAUCCUCAGUUGGGUGGCGCUCACCCUGAAGGCCCUGCACCGGUUCCGCCUGGGCACCGACAUGUCGAUCUUUGCCACCGAACAGCUGGGCACCGGGGCGGGCCAGGACUACCCUGGCUACCCAGUGGGCAGCGGUGUGGAGGGCACCGAGACCUACCAGAGCCCGCCCUUCACCGAGACCCUGGACACCAGCCCCAAAGGGUACCAGGUGCCCGCCUACUAGUGGCUGGCAAGCCCAGACCAGGGCUGGAAGGCUGCCCCACCGAUGCCAGGCCCGAGACCUCGUGGGACCUCCCUCAGGUCCUCCUGGCCCAACUCCAGAGAUGGAGGGGUGGCCACUGUGGGCCGUCUGGGGCCAAGAGAGGGUAGCCCCCAGGGUGCCUGGGCUAUACCCCCGAGUUCCUCCAGUACCUUUAAUCUCCAGCCUCCAGUGGAUCAGCCUGGGCAGGGGGCCCUUCCCCUCAUGAGGCAGCCAGCCCGGGGCUCACCUGUCCACUCUGGCAUCAGGGAUCCAGCUGCCCUCCAUUGCCAGGCGCAGAGUCUGUCCCAGACCGGGGGCAGGAAUACUGCCCCCAUCCCCAUGCCAUGACCCAGGGAGCAUGGCCACUGCUCCCCGUCCCAUGUCCCUGGGUAGUGACAGUCCUUGUUCCUGUCCUGUUGGUUCACCCUGUGGGGCCGUGUGCUCUGUGUGGAGCCUCCUUCCGUUUCCUGUCACCUGCUCGCUAGAGUAGCCUGGCCCUCUCCAUGUUGUGAUUGUGGUCAAGUUUUCAAGUUUCAACUGAUAGUUUCCCACAGGCAGCCCCUCUCUGUGGUUCCUGCUGCUCAACCCAGCUCCUCCAUGCAUUGGCCCAGGCCUCUUCCUGGGUGUGGGUGAUGCUGGCCAGGGAAGGCACACGAUGGCUAUAGGCCGGGCACCAACCCUCUCCCAGCCCUUCAGUAAGGGCGGCUGGGGACACCUGUGUGCCUGGCAAGACAAGCCUCUUUCGAGGACAGAGGCUCCAUGGUGCCCUGGAGACAGCCAUUCCAUGCAAACCCCUUUACCUUGGCUUCCUGAACCAGUCCUUCAACUCCCUACCCUGCACCCCAUUUUAAGGCCCAGUUUAAGGUUGAGGUCCCUCUGCAUAGCUGACUACUCAUGCAUUGCUCGAAGCUGGCUUUUCACAUUAAACCAGAUGUGGUUGCCACAUUUCAUUCUUACAGACAGAUGCCUCUGGAGUUGCAGUUGAAUGACAACCCUGUACAUUGUAGCAUAGAUCAAUUAUGUGUGGAUAUUUAAGUGAACAUGUUUACAAUUUUUUGUAUAUAUGGAUCUCUCCCUCCCUCCUCUGAAAGAACAAUCCGUGAUUGUGUAUUUUCAGUGUCCCAUGUUCCAACUGCAACUUCUUUACAAUAAAAAAUAAAUGAGUUUACUGUGCCAUAGA